GAAUUUAAUCCCGCAGCAAGAUAACACACGGGCAGAAGCAGUAGGACACAGCAUUGAAGCAGUUCUCAAAAGGGAGAUGUAGCAGAAUGUCAGUGGAUGAAAUCCCAGAGUUGCUGGAUGCGCAGAAAAACAGCAACACCAUACUGCAGCUGAAUUAUAAAGGUCUGACAGAAUUACCAAGCUGCCUUCUUCAAUGUCAAGACUUAAGGCAGUUACAAAGACUGUAUUUGAAAAGAAAUGUUAUAAAAAAGCUGCCUGAAGAUAUUGGAAAAUUGAGCAGUUUGAUAGAAUUGUACUUGCAUUCCAAUGAACUUAAUGAACUCCCUAAUGGUGUUGGGGAUCUGGUUAGUCUUCAGUCGUUGAAUGUGAGCUGUAACCACUUGACCUCUGUCCCAGUCAGUAUUGGAUGCCUGUCCCAGUUAACAACACUGCAUUUAGCCAACAAUGAAAUUUCCACACUGCCAAAAGAGUUAUUCAGCCUGCGGCACUUGUCUACCCUAGAUGUUAUGAGUAACAGGCUCCAACACCUCCCAGAAGAGAUAGGACAGUGCCAAAGCCUACAGAUGUUAAUGCUGGAUAAAAACAGACUUUCGUAUUUACCAAAUGAGAUCUGCCAUCUACACCACUUGGAAGAACUCUCGGCCUCUGGCAAUUGCUUAUUAUGCAUCCCUCCAGGUUUAGGAAAUACUGAUUCGCUGAAAAAUGUGUAUUUUGAUAACAACCCUUACUUGCACUGUCUGCCAUGGAACCUUAUCAACAAGUAGAUUGGAUUUAAUGGUUGUAGCAAGAGGAACUUUUCUAUCCAUCCAUCAAUACCCCGUCCUCACCUGACUAUACCCCACUCAGAAACAGAGAUCAAGACUGUUUUCUUACCACAAGAUAUCCAUGCAGUUGGAGACAGCACAAAUAAAAUUGUCAGCCUGCUUGAAAUGAGCAUGAGAGUACUGUUUAGCUCCGUUAAAUGUGAAGGCAUUGGUGUCAAUGAUCUUCCAAAGGAACUCCACAGAAAGCUGCGAACACCUACUGCCGACUGUCACAACUGCAGCCAAGCCAUCUUCAGCAUGGGAUUUCCUAUGAUUUUUACCAGAGAUGUUCAGAGUUACAAUAAGAUGUAUCUGAUGACCUUUUCUUGCUCAUUUAAUUGUGUGAAAAAGGUGCUGGUUAAUGUUAGAAUGCCUGUUGUUUUCCCAAAUUUUAUGGACUUCUCACUGGCAGUUGUCCUGUUGGACAAUGGUUAGUUUAUGGAAAAAUAAAAUACUAGUACUUAGUGCUUCAAAUGUUGCUGCUGUGCAGCAUUUAUAAUCACAGAACAGAAACUGAUUACAAAAUUCAGCAAAACUUCAUAAAGCUUUCAAGAUCUGUCAUAGUUUUGAAAAUAUUUAUUUUACAUAUUUUCAAGCGUGAUACUAUGAUUUUAUACUAUGAUUAUUGAAAAUAAAAAAAAAAACACUUUAUAAAAUCAUGACAACAUAAUUCAUACUCUAUUGACAUUUAUUGAAAAACAGCAUAGUUUUCAGUCCAUGCCAUAAAGAUAUUUACAGUAUUAGGGUCUAUUCCCAGACCGUAUCGUACUAAUUGUGGAUCGAUCUAUCUCCAAGGGGAAUCUUGUAAAAUUGCAAUCAAGUUAAGUGGUUAAGAUGUCUGUCACGCCUACUGAAGCUGCUAGGGGGUAAUUAAUUAUCAUUAUGCAGCUUCAG